CGAGCGAGCGAGCGGGGGAAUCGCGUGAAUUGCGCAGACAGGAAGCGGUGGCGCGAGGCGAAAUGUAGUAGUAUCGGCGUGAUUUAUGAGCACCGGCUCAACCACCGGUGCAAGAAGGUUUUGUUACCGGUUACCGAUUGGUCAAUCGCCCGCGGACAACAACGCGCGCGUACAGCCCGGCAAAAAUGCACGCGACUCCUUCGCCGCGCGCGCGGAGUCACGUGAGUCUCUCGCCCUGAAGAAGCCGAGGAAGAAGGGAAACACAGAGAGCGAAGGCGAAUCGAACCGGCUAGAAGUGAAAGGACCCGACGUGUCACGCUUACACGCGCAUUUUCCGAGUUACGUGUCCUCGUGCGCGCGCGCGAGGACGGUCGCGCGUAAAACAUCCUCGGUAAUCAGCGACGCUAAAAUAAUGCCCGGAGCGCAUCGGAGCGCCGAUCUAAUUACGAUCGUUAAUCGUACGAAUCCUCCACGGUCCGCGACUUCCUCCUUUCCAGCGCGAGGCCGCCGUCAUAUCGCUCGCGCGCGCGCGCGUGCUCGCUCGCUCGCUCGCUCGCUACCGCCUGGAAAUGGCUCCACCUUCCCCAACGAGCGUCCUUGGCGGAGCCGCUGCACCGAGAGAGGGUGAUGAAAAUCCCGCCAGUCACGUGUACCAUGCCGGUUCGAGCGGUCGUGUCGCCGCGGUUCUGCCGGACCUGUCGCGCUCGCCGAUCGAAAUACCGAGCCGCUUAAUCGCCGGAUAAUCGUCGCGCGUCCACCUCGCGGAACGCUAAACUCUCACUGACGCGAACCGAGGGGAUCUCACGCCGACGUGACUUAUCUUCCUUCGGCGCGAGAUGCGCGUCGAGAUCGCGCGCCGUUCGAAAACAAUCGGUAAUCGGUAUUGUCCGUAAAAUGCACGGAGAUUUCGAUAAGGCGGGGCGCUGAUCGCUCGUGUGGGCAGUGUCGGUUUAAAUGUCGGGAAGUGAGUAUGCAAAGUCGUAGGACAGGCCGAGCGGAGUGAGAGAGCGUGUAACGAAGGGGGUAUUAUAUCGAUGCCGGGUAUCGGACUCGUCGAAGGUGCGACGGAGAAUACAGAAACGAUUUCGUAAGAACUCCGUUGGCUGGAAACUCUGGUUGCGAGCGUUCGUCGAGGACACCGAGGGUGAUUCCCUGAGUAGUCGCGACUUCGUUCGCGUAACUGAGUCAUCCGUCGCCUAGGAAGAAUAGGGACCAGACGGAUAAUUCGGUUGCAGGGAACAAGGAAGUUUCUAAUCGGUCGAUUGCCCUCAGCGUUAUCUCGAUCGAGUUUUAAUACGGCUUAAUGUUCAGACGAAUGUUUCCGAUCGCGGAGAUAUAAUAUGAAUCUUCAUUAAUGGGAAAACUAGAGUCGAAAUUUCGUUGCCGCCCCGACGUUCUCGGAGGACAGUUCGCGUCUAUUUAAGUGGCUUAUAGACUAUGAUUGUGAAAAAUCGGUGUGGGCUGAAGACCGCUGGGGAACAUCUGAAAAGCCGCGUGCAGAGUCGUUCGGGAUGAAUCGCGCGGUGUAUCGCUUGUGGGAAUGUUAAGGACACGACUUCGAUCACGUACCGGCGGUGUGUGUGCGUGCGUGUGUUGUGUGUAUAAUCGUGCUGCGUUGCAUGUCUCAUUGAUAUCUCGCGCGGAUAAACGCGGAGUGCUUCUCCCGUCACGUAGCUCGAGCAGAUAAUUAAGUAGCUGUUUGACGCGGAGAAAUCGAGCGCGCUCACGUAAAAGCGCCCCUUACGUCUGCAUCCUCGGUAUCACUUCGCUAGUGCUCUCGGAAGAAGCGGAAGAAUCGUUGCAUGCAAGACGGCAGUUUAAUGACAGCGAUUCAACAGCAUACACCGACGGCAUCCCUGGUAAACGAUUGUCGUACCAUUCCGGAUGCGCGGAGAAAGAUGACGCGUCUAAUACUCGCGCGGAGGUUGCUGUGGGCUCUGACACUGAUAACGAUAUGCGCGACGAUCGCGGGAUCGUCGAGGGAGAGGAGACACGUCGGCGGCGGCGGUACCGAGGGAGUAUCUAGUCAUCGGUCGUCGGGCAAGGCGUACGCGGAGAGCACGAAAUCGUCGAGCGGGACGAACAACGAGAUCACCGGGAGACCCGGAAGGAAAGUGUCCCACCACUUGAUCGGGGGUCACCUGAAAGCCGAGGCGACGAGCCGGGGCGACGAUGCCCAGUGGGACGACGGGAUUCUCAUGUCGGCGGCCGGGGGCAACGUCGGCAAGGAGGGGAAGAGCGGCCGCGCCGGUGACGACGAGGACGAGAAGAAAACGCUCUCCCAGCAGGUCAAGGAGGGCAAGUACGGCCUCAUACAGAACGAGAUUUACGGAGACCGGCCGAAGCGGCCCGGCAUCAUCAGCUACCUCGGCAAUCCCGAGGUGCCGAAGGACACGGCCGACAAUCUCGGCGGUCUUGACGAGGAGGAGAUCUGGCUGGCCGAGAACCACGUGCUGGUGUUGAGGGGCGGGAAAUUUCCCGACCACGAGGUCGCCGGCCCGCAAGGCAGCGGCGACGCGCAGUGGCCGCCGAUCGACGAUUACAAGGCGCCCUGCCGGCAGGUCAAGAUCCCAGCGCGGCCAAGGGUACCGCCGCCCUUUCCGGUACAGCUCACCGAGGGUGGACCGAUACAGAUCAUCGGGUCGAACGGCACCACCGAUGUCAAGUACAACGGCACCUUCGACGAUUACAGCACGGAUCCGGUUUACACAAAGGGUCUGUUGCCGGGCGAGGGCCCGUUCUUCCCUCCGAACGGCACGAUAACGAACCCCGCGGACUUCGGCCCGCCUAGGAACUUCUCCGUCGAGGAGAAGUCCUCCCGAGGCGGUAACCAGAGGAAACCGGAGGCCCAACCACCCGGCAGCUUCCCGCCGUUCUACCACGCGAUACCGCCCGGCGCGGUGUUCGUGCCGCCGCCGGGCAACCAGUCGGACUACGACGAGGAGGAUCAGUCGAUCUACUAUCCGCCGCCGUACAGCUUCUAUUAUCCGCGGGACAACACGACCGCUGUGCCGCCGGGUCCCUUGGUACCCGGCAUCAUACUGCCGCCGCCGCCGGACUUCUUCUCCGCGUUGGACGACAAGAAGACCACCACGAAGAAGUACACGAAGCGACCGACCACGACACCGGCCCCGAGGCCGCGGCCGACGUAUCUGCCGCCGAGGAAGUUCGUCACGAAGCAGUACAAGGGCGCGUCGACCGUCCGGCCGACCUCCGUGAGCAAAACCACCGUUUCGUCCACGGUCACCGCGAAGACGUCCUUCGGCCGUGCGAAGAACGUCACGCACGGUUUCGCGCCCAGGAGGACCACCGGCACGCCGGUGACCGCAGAGACGACGACGACGACGGAAACGCCGAGGAAACCGGGCGUCUUCGAGAACACCGAGAUCUACACGAUCGGCCCCGUGAACGGCAACCAAGUGUCCGAGGCGACGACCCAGCAGAAGGACUGGUCCACUUUGGUGACCAGCAAGGCGAUCCCGGUCCUGGCUUACUACCCGACGAGCACGCAGUCCUCGUUGGAGCGGCCGGUGGAGGUGACGCCGGCCUCCGUGAAGAGUAUCGUCACGACCGGCCGGCCCGGUGCCGGCAGGUCCUCCGGCCGCGCGUCCUACUACUUCUAUGCGGAGUCGAGCGAGGAGCCGGCCGUCACGUCGAAGCCGGUUUACUACGAGACCACCACGGAGUCGCCGUACCACAGAAUCGAGGCGUCACCGAGGCGGACCGAGCCGAAGAAGCACUACUACACCGUCGAGACGAUCGCGCCGGGCGACGACCCGAAGGACUACAAGACCAAGUUCACCGAUGGCGGCGCGAAGAGCCCGCAGGCCUUCCGAUACACCGACGACACGUCCGCCAAGUUCGACGUCAGCUCGCCCCGGCAGCGCAUGCUGGCCGAGGAAGCGCCCGUGUACUACCAGCCGCAGACGAAUCGUCCAUCGGUGGAAGCGUACUAUACGACCCCGAGGCCGUCGUACCACCGGCAAAGUCCGACGAAGCCCAAGCCGAUCUACCAGUACAGCUUCCAGAUAGCGGACUACUCGAAACGCGGGGGCCCGGAUGGGUACGACAGCGGGGAGGAGCAGCAACGGCAACAAGGGCAGAACGCUGCAGCGUACAGCGAGUACCGAGGGUUCACCAAGAGCGGCGAGCGACAGUACGAUUACGAGGACACGCAGCGCGGGCAGCCGGCGCGGAAGAACGCGCCGUACAAGGCGCAGCGUCCGGCGAGCGGCUACUCCCCGCUCGCGGAGACGACCGCCAACCCGCAGCACGCGUACUUCACGCAGCAGGACGAGAAACUGCUGGACGACGUGACGAAGGAGUACUUCACGAUCUUCGGUAAGAAGCUACCGGGGGGGAUCCCGAGCACCACGCCGAUCUACAGCAAGUCCAGCGUCAUCACCGAGAGGCCCGAUGUGAGAGUCUACGUGCCGUCGUCGUCCGGCGUCUACAAGACGCCCAACGUCAACGUGCGCUACGGCAACUGGGAGCAGCAGCCCCAGUUCGGCCACUCCCUCAAGGACGACACCCAGGUGAACUACCGGAACCCGUUGCCGACGAUCAACCCCGACGCCGAAAUCAUCGAUGUGGCCGCGCCGAACCCUCGGCUGGCGCAGGCUUCCCCGUCGAGCUACGAACUGCAGGACUACCGGCUGCCCGGAAGGCGCGGGCCAACUCCUCGUUACAGGUUGCCGGGGACGACCCAGCUGAGCGACAGGCAGACCAACAACUUCGUGCCGCUGAGCGAGUCGCGCGAGGAACUCAAGGAGCUGCGAGGAGCACCGUUGUCGCUGCUGAGCGACAUCGAGGUGAACUUCCGGGAACCGCGUCCACCUGUCAACCCCGACGCCGAAUUCAUCGAGCCCGUGUCGGCGCAGGGCGACCGUUCGGACAAUCCGAACGCGUACUUCGCCUACCGGCUACCCGGCGACGUCGGCCACUUCUACUUCCUGACGCCGCAGGCGGUCACGCAGGACGGCGGAUACGUCUACCCGAAGCCGCGGGAGCCGAGGUUACUCAGACGGAGGCGACGCCCCGGUGACGCCUGACGCGGCGUACCUCGUCCUAACGGCGGUCGCGUGAUGCCAUAAUAUAUAUCUUACGGAUAUUCAGCGUGCGAAGUAAACGCGCGUCGUCCCUGGUGUCGUCGACACGGCGCGCGUGUAUUAACAUAUUUAUUGUACUUGUAAAUAUGACACCGACUAAGUUAGAUGAUAAUUAUAGCUAUACGUUGUUCCGAGAGAA